AUGGAUGAUGGUCAAGUUAUCAAUAAAUCUCCAGGGUUUGAAGGUUCAAACUAUGAUUCUUGGAAAACUAGAAUGGAAGACUUCUUCAUGUAUGAGUCCUAUGAUGUUUGGCAUGCUACUGUAUAUGGUGUUGUGAUUCUUAAUCUUGAUAACCCCUCUACUGAAGCUAAAUUGGCUGAGGCUAAUGAUGGCAAGGCCAAACAUGUUAUGUUUUGUGCCUUGAAGCAACAAAAGUUUACCAGAGUUAAAAAUUGUAAAACAGCUAAGGAAAUGUGGGAUUCUUUUCAGGUAGCUCAUGAAGGAAAUAAGGUUAUUAAUGAGAACAAGAUACAGUUAUUCAAAGUUCAGUAUGAGGUUUGUAAGAUGGAAGAAAAAGAAACUUUUGCUGAGUACAUGUGUAGGAUCAAUGACCUUGUCAACAAUAUGAGAGCUCUUGGUGAAGAUAUUAAGGAUGUUGAUAUUAACGAGCUUCAGGCCUUUCUCACUGCCUAUGAAAUGAGAAUUAGUGUUCUAGCUAUUUAUAGAAGAGAAGCUACUCUUAAAGCAAAGGAAGUUGUUGAAGAAACUAAAACAAAGUCUGAAGAUGAUCUUAAAGAAGAUGAGGUAGCCUACCUUGCUAAGAAAUUCAGGAAGUUCAGGUUUAAAAAGAAGAAUCAGCUGAAAAAUUUAACCUGUUAUGGUUGUGGUAAACUUGGUCAUGUUGUAUCUAAUUGUUCGAACUUAAAGGGGCAAAAUCAGAAGAAGAAUGAGGGAGCUCCUGAAGAAGAUAAAUCUGAGGAGACACAAGAAGAUGAAGGUCUCUUUAUGUCAAUUCUCGAAGCACCACAAACUCCAGUUCAGGUUAAAGAAGAUAGUGACACUAAGAUUGAGAAAAUUCUUGAAGAAUAUGAAAGGCUUAUAGUGAAGUCCACAAAGGUCAAUCAAACUCACUCUGUAUUUGUCAAAGCCACAACUGGUGAAGUGUAUGCAAGGUGUCCUAUCAUAAAACGUCUGAGUUUCAAGGGUGAGUUACUUAAUAACACUUGUAGUGCUCUAAGCUUUAACAAGAGAGACUUUGUUACCACAGCUAUAAGGAACUUCAAGAUAACUAGAAUGUAUGUUAAGGACAAAGGAUCAUUAGUGAAGACUAAAAUGAUGUGGAUUCCUAAAAAGCUAAACUUUGUGAGUCUUUUUGUGUAUACAACCUUUAAAGCUUGUAAUACUCAGGACAAAUGGUAUGUUGAUAGUGGCUACUCAAGACACAUGACAGGUGAUGGUUCCAAAUUUAAUUCUUUAAAGCAGUUUGAUGGUGGAAAUGUUAUCUUUGGAGAUAAUCAAAGAGCUAAGAUUGUUGGAAUUGAUACUGUGAGUAAGUCUGAAGAAUUGUUAGAAAUUCAAGAAAUUCUAUUGGUUGAAGGACUCAGAUAUAAUCUCCUCAGUGUUAGUUAUUUGUGUGACAGUGGGAAGGAAGUCUGUUUCAAUAAAGAAAGAUGCAAUGUGAUUGAUCUUGAAUCAAAAUAA